AUGGCAUCAAAAAACAGACUAACCUCUGUUUUCGCCAUUCUUGCAAUCUUCAUGCUAUGGAGAUCCAAAGUUCUGGCCCAAAACAGCCCCGUUUUCGCCUGCGACAUCGACAAGAAUCCGGCCCUCAAGAACUUCACGUUCUGCGACUCGUCGUUGGACGUCAAAACGAGGGUCGAUGAUCUGGUGAAACGGCUGACAUUGCAGGAAAAGAUUGCGAAUUUGGUGGAUAACGCUGGGAGUGUCGACCGGCUCGGGAUACCAAAGUACGAGUGGUGGUCAGAGGCUUUGCACGGGGUUUCUUACGUUGGUCCAGGUACCCAUUUCUCCAGUGUGGUCCCUGGAGCCACCAGCUUCCCUCAAGUCAUUCUUACCGCAGCCUCGUUCAACGAAACCUUGUUUAAAACCAUCGGAAAGGUGGUUUCUACCGAAGCCAGAGCAAUGUACAAUGUUGGUUUGGCAGGACUAACUUUUUGGUCACCGAAUAUAAACAUUUUCCGGGAUCCGAGAUGGGGAAGAGGUCAAGAGACCCCGGGUGAAGACCCGACUUUAACAAGUAAAUAUGGAGCGGCUUACGUACAAGGCUUACAAGAUAGCGACGAUGGUGACAAAGAUCGGCUCAAAGUCGGGGCUUGUUGUAAGCAUUACACGGCCUAUGAUGUCGAUAACUGGAAAGGCAUCGAUCGAUACCAUUUUAAUGCCGUGGUUACGAAGCAAGAUAUGGAUGAUACGUAUCAACCACCGUUCAAGAGCUGUGUUGUGGAUGGUAAUGUUGCAAGUGUUAUGUGUUCUUACAAUCAAGUAAACGGCAAGCCAACGUGUGGUGAUCCGGAUCUCCUAACCGGAGUUAUCAGGGGUGAAUGGAAGUUAAACGGGUACAUAAGUUCUGAUUGUGAUUCGCUAGAUGUGAUGUUCAAUUCCCAGCAUUGGGCUAAAACACCUGAAGAAAUCGCAGCAGAUGCAUUGAUAGCAGGGUUGGAUCUCAACUGUGGGAAUUUCCUAGGUAAAUACACAGAAGGUGCCAUCAAAGCUGGGCUAGUGAAAGAAUCUGAGGUUGAUAGGGCUGUUUCUAACAACUUCGCGACGCUUAUGAGACUAGGGUUUUUCGAUGGUCAUCCAAGCAAGCAAAUCUACGGGAAAUUAGGUCCAAAAGACGUGUGCACACCAGCUAACCAGGAGCUAGCACGUGAAGCGGCUAGACAAGGAAUUGUGCUACUUAAGAACAGUGUUGGGUCCUUACCUCUUUCUCCAACCGCCAUCAAGUCUCUAGCCGUGAUCGGGCCCAAUGCCAACGUCACGAAGACCAUGAUUGGAAACUAUGAAGGUACCCCGUGCAAAUAUACAACUCCACUUCAAGGAUUAACGGCCUCGGUACCAACAGUAUACCAGGCAGGCUGUGAUAAUGUAGGGUGUGGUACUGCACAAAUAGAGGCCGCUAAGAAAGUAGCAGCUGCCGCUGAUGCAGUUGUUCUAGUAAUGGGUACGGAUCAAUCUAUAGAGGCCGAGAGUCGAGAUAGGAUUGAUAUCACUCUUCCCGGGCAACAAAACAAUUUGAUUUCGGAAGUCGCGAAUGUAUCUAAAGGCCCGGUGAUUCUUGUUAUCAUGUCUGGAGGGGGAAUGGAUAUUCAGUUUGCUAAAGAUAACCCGAAAAUCACCAGCAUUUUAUGGGUCGGGUUCCCUGGUGAAGCGGGUGGUGCUGCGCUAGCAGAUAUCGUUUUCGGGCAGUAUAAUCCAUGUGGAAGACUACCCAUGUCAUGGUACCCCCAAUCUUACACAACAAAGGUGAACAUGACCAACAUGAACAUGAGACCAGACCCAGCCACAGGCUACCCGGGUCGAACGUACCGGUUCUACAAAGGAGACACGAUUUACACAUUUGGUGACGGACUAAGCUUUUCCGAGUUCGCUCACCACCUAGUUUCAGCACCAAAACUCGUGUCGGUGCCACUAGAGGAAGGACAUGUUUGCCGAUCAUCUAAGUGCAAGUCAAUCGAUGCAGUUGAGCAAACUUGCAAGAAUUUAGCAUUUGACGUUCAUUUGAGGGUGACGAAUAAUGGGAAGAUGGGUGGAAGUCACACCGUGUUCUUGUUUUCGUCACCUCCAUCGGUCCAUAACGCACCCCAGAAGCAGUUACUGGGGUUCCAGAAGGUGAAUUUGGCAUCAAGGCAACAGGGUGUGGUUAAGUUCAGUGUAGAUUUGUGCAAGGAUUUGAGUUUGGUUGAUGAACUUGGGACCAGAAAAGUGGCAUUGGGGCAACAUAUUCUUCAUGUGGGAAACUUGAAACACUCCUUAAAUGUGAGGAUAUGAUGUGUGUGUGUGUGUGUUUGUAGUUUCCCACAAGAAAAUACUUUUAAUUUUUUUGAGGGUGGUCAAGAAGAAAAUUGAAGUCAUCGCAAGAUGCAAUUUAUUUAAUGAUAUCAUUGGAAAUCAUAAAAAAAAUCUCAUUUCGUUUU